AUGAGUGAGGAUUUGAGCACAUCUGCACAUACGUCGAUCAACAGGGCAGACCUGAGGAAGCUGGACACAGAUAUCUACAACAUCCUGACGCAGUUUGAGAAGACGAGAGAGUGGGCAGAUCUGACGAACUGUUUGAUAAAGCUUAAUCGGAUACUGAGCAACUCGACGAUACCCUGCAUCCCGUACAAGGAGAUCAUAUGCAAGAGGCUGGCGCAAUGCCUGAACCACCAGCUGCCGACGGGAGUACACACUAGGGCGCUGGAGGUAUACGCCUCGAUCCUGGACAAGACGCCGCCAGAAAGCUUGUCGAGAGACCUGGCGCUGUUCAGCACUGGACUAUUUCCAUUCUUCUCAUACAGCUCGUACUCAGUGAGGCCGCAGUUCCUAAACAUCAUAGAUAAGUACUACAUUCCACUGGGCCCGAACCUGAUACCGUGCCUUAUCGGACUGCUGAUAUGCAUCAUACCGGGCCUGGAGGACGACAAGUCGGAGACGUACGACAUGGUGUACAACCUGCUGGAAAAGAUAAGUAAGCGCGUGCCGGAAAAGUACUUCAUGAGCGCACUCUGGCUCAUACUGAAGAAGGCGAACAAGAUUAGACUGCAGACGCUGUACCUCAUCUCGAACAAGCUGUCGCCGAGAGUGCCGAAGCUGCCGGCGCACAGACUGGAGUCGCUGCUGCCAGACAGGAACGACCUGGUGCUGAAGAGCCUGAUGGCGUCGACGCGAGACGACUCGUUGAUCAUACUGCGCGAGCUCAUGAACUUCAUGUCAAAGCACUUCCCGCUCGACCACGACCUCUUCACGUACCAGAACAAGUCGGCGCUGUGCAGAAGCAUCCUGAGGCUGCUGAGAAACAAGGACUGGUCGCUCACGAGGAGAAUCUACCAGUGGCUCUUCAACACUAAUGACCUGAACGAGUCAGUGGAGUCGAUAGACCUGAAGUACUUCAACGAACACUCGAAGAGCGUGAUCAUAACUGCGAUCAAGGAGCUGCUGAAGAUGGAGAUCACGACGGCGGACGAGGCAGUGCUGCCUCUGAAGAUCAUCGUGACGCUGAUCUCGGACAUUGAGGUGGCGGUGAUCUCGGACCAGCUGAUGCCGGUGCUCUGCAUACCGAUCCUGCGCUACGUCUGCGAGGGCAUCGACGACACGGACUGGCGCCAGGCGGUGAUCCAGGAGACGAAAAUCAUAUUCAACCCGACGCUCACGCCGCCGAACAUCGUCUUCAUCUCAAUCGCCGAGGAGUUCAACAAGCUCUUCCUCGACGAAAAGUACGACUCGGUGCACGCAUGGAACGAGAUCCUGAACCUGAGCAGAAUAUACCUCGACGAGAUGAAGACGCUCACGUCAUGCGAGACGAUACUGGCAGGGCUCUUCAUGCUCCUGGAAAACGCACUCUACAGGCUGCUGAAGCUGGAGCUGCGGGAUAUGACGCAGGUGGUCUCGCACCUGCUCAGCUACGUCGCCUCGAUACUGGCGAGGACGGAGAAGAUGAUACUCACGGACUACCACUACUUCUACUUCGAAAACGACCUCGACUACGUGAAGGAGACCUCGGAGCUGAAGCUGCUGGUACACGAGCAGGAGCUGUGCAACGAGCGCAUAGCAAAGUACCUGGACGAGUUCUACAUCAACGCGCUGAACCACUUUGAGAGCAAGGCCGACCUGAACUACACGGAGAUAUCGGUGCUGGACAUGCUCAACAGCCUGGCAGUGCGCUUCGUCUCCAUAGAGGUGAACAUGCAGACUGUGCCGAUAACGCGGAGCUUCUCGGAGUCCCUGGGACACACGUCCCCGGAAAGGGUGGCGGAGUACAGGGGCUCUGCGCACCGCCUGGACUACGCGCACGCAUCGCACUCGCCGCUCUCAGUAAACUCCGCACGCUCGCCGCAGUCUGCUCACUCGGUUCAGUCUGUGCGCUCAGAGAAAGGGGACCUGUCGGCAGCGACCGCCCAGGCCCUCUCUCCAGGGCCGGCAGCACUGGUGGGGAAGACAGAGCGCUCGACGCCACCAAACUCCAGCACUCGGAAGGCUCCAACAGCGGCACACACGACAGCGCAAUUGGUAGACCAUAAAUCAUCGCCAACAUCACAUACGGCGGACCAGAAAACAGCAUCAGCAACACAGAAGUCCGACCAGAAAACAACGGACCAGUCAUUGGAAGGUAAACACACUCACAAAAAGCAGACGAAGCUAUUGGAUGAGAGCGACAUGGCGACCGCGAGGUCGAACAAUGCAUCGUCGAGAACGUCCGCAGCCUCGAUUGAGUCGAAGCUGCAGAACGAGUUCAAGCUCGACAGGUGGAUAGUGUGUCUGCUCAAAAGCUGCCUCUCGCCAGACCCUGUGAUAUUCUGCAGAGGAAUAAGCACGUUCAUACAGGUGAUCGACAUACCGCACAGGCACGCAGUCAAGGAGUUCUUCGCAAGCUCGCUGAUACACCUGAGGAACAUACUGACGCAGCUGUGGAGCAGCCUGGACGAUAAGCUGGCGCAGUACCACUCGGAAGUGGUGUACAUAGUGCUGCAGCUGAUGAAGUCGCUGCCUCAGGCCUCAGGGGAGGCUGAGAGGAUAAUCGUCAGGGACCUGACGAGCACGGAGAUAGGGCAGAAGAUCAACGCAAUACUGAGGUUCGGAGUGCUGUUCAGACACCUGCACACGCACGCGCCGGACAAGGUGUUCUUCUCGGACGCAGUGGGCCACAUACUGGACGCAGUGGAGGACUCGGACCCGAAGGUGCACUACUACGCGCGAGCCUUCCUCUCGGAGUCGAUAUACAUGCUCCCGAAGCUGAUAGACCCGAUCCUGCACUUUUUGAUCACGACGAGUAAGAUGGACGAGAGCAUCACUGAGGGAACUGAGUACGAUGUCCUACCUGGAUCACCAAACCAGAAUCACAACACCCCAGCCACAUCACCAAACAUGGACUACAACACGUCAAAUAGAUCCCCAAACAUGGACUACAACACGUCAAAUAGAUCGCCAAACCAUGACUACAACACCCCAAAUAGAUCACCAAACAGGGAGCGCAACGGACACACACACCUCAAGGCGAACAUGAUAUCGAAGUUGCUGAAGAGCCAGAAGUCGCAGCUCAAGGAAAGAAGCAAUGUGAGGCGAGUUGGCGCGCACAAAAGCAGUGACGCGAACAGUAAGGACAGAACGCAGAGCACAGACACCCACUCGACCGGUCAAGACUCAUUUGACAGCGAAGGCGAAGAUAAAACGAACAUGACGGAGUUGGUGCGAAAGUUCAGGCACCUAUCAUCGAUAGUGGGAAGAGAAGGGCAGGCGAUCCUAGACCUGAUGAACAGAAGACAGGCGCCAAUAGCACUGCUGAAGCUAAUACAGGGAGAUGAGCUGUUCAACGAGCUGUCGACGACGAUGGUGGUGACAGAAGAAGGAACGCUGCUGACGUCAGCCACGAGGACGCAGGCGUAUGACCAGGCGCACAGCGAAAGCGUAGGAGGAGAGGACGCAAACCCGACGCUGGUGAACCACCUGCUGGACCACACCUUCGGAGCAAGGGCGAUCACGCUGAAUUCGUCAGUGCUGGAAACGUCGGACACGGAGAGCAGGCGCUCAAGAAGUGUGCCGGUAGACGCGUCGGUGGAAGGAGGGAAGAGCCCUGGCAUGCGGGACCACGCGAGCAUUGACUCGGUGCAUGGGCCAAACGUGAACCGGGGAGAUAGCAGAGUAGUGUCGCCAACGUCCCACGCGAGUGUCACGCCGCCCUCGCAGAGGGCAAACAACUCUCAACUAAGCACAAUCGCAGGAAUGGGGAAAACAGGGGCAACGUUCUCGUUUGAACAGGGCAGGCUGACGCCGCACCUGGGAAAAGGGUCGUUCGAGGAGGCACCCAAAGAACGCACAGUCUCCGUACCAAGGGAGUUGGGAACACAGUCGUUCGAAGGAUCGAGCAUCGAUACAGGGACGGAGUCGAGCAGGCAGUCGGCGAGAAGAUGGGGAGUCGAAGCGUCGAAAUCGGCCCCGCACACGCCCUUGCUCUCGUCACACCAUGAACGCAGGGAGUCGAGUCUGUACGGAGGAGACGCGGAUGAGACCUACGAGCACCAGAACAGAGCGCAGAAGGCCUCGAUAUUCCCGAGGCUGCUCGACGCCUCGAACAGCUCGUACACGGACGCGUCAAUAUACAACUACCUGGACCUGGUCAUAGUGAUAACGCUGAAGUACAUAUGCAUCGACGCGGACCUGGAAAGGCUGCUGCGAGUGGAAAGGAUCGACGACCUGCUGGAAUACCAGAGGUACCUGGACAGGCUCGACGACCAGAACUGCUCGACGCGGAAGCAGACGAACAUCCUGAGCCUGUUCAACAGGUCGAACAGCAUGGUGGACCUGUCGAUGGAGGACAGAGCAAUGCUGCUGCGCUGCACAGCAAUCGACUUCAUGAAGUCGUUCAUAUCGUCGCUGCAGCCGGCAAACAGCGCGAGAGAAGUCUCCUGCAUGGUCGCAAAGUACCUGCUGCUCCUGCUCUACCACUUCCACCUGAAGCAGGAGCACAUAAUACAGACGCAGAUGAUAUACCUGUUGAAGGUGGUGAUGGACAGGUGCAGCCAGGAGACGACGGGGCCUAGCGCGCCAGCGUCCUCGCUGAUAGAGCUCUCGAGGACACUGCUGAGCAUGUGGGCGAGCAAGAACGAGCCCAUGUCGGCGCGAGCAGGCGAGUCUCCGUCGUCGAAGCUGCAGAUCACGCCGAACAUGCUCGCGACGAGCAUGAGCGUUAUCACGGGCACGGCGAACAUACUGAGCUGCCUGACGGCGGAGGACGACAAGCAGACGAACUCGCUCACGAGCGACGCGUUCUUCGACAAGACGGCGGCGACCACGUACGUGACGCAGGGAAUAGAAAACCUGAGCUACACGAGGGACCCGGACACGGCGCUCUCGCAGCUGACGCCAAUGUACAUCAUCAACAUGGGCGAACUGAAAAAGCUGCAAAUCCACAGGAUGACGAACCUGCACGAAAUAACCUACUUCCCCAAAAUCAUUGAGAUAUGCAUAGCGAACUCGGCAAAGUCGAAGUGCCUGCACCUGCUGCAGUCGUACAUCGACUUCUCGCUCUACAGCCUCAAGUUCAUGAGCGGAGCCGAGGGCCUGAAGUACGCCUCGAACUUCAUGACAGAGUUCUCGUCACACGUGCUCACGUACACAGAUAAGAUCGGGACGACGGGGCUCUUCUACUACCUGCGCGCACUCUACUUCAUGUUCAGUCACCUGAGCGACGACUACGCGACGGAGGCGACGACGGCGCAGUCGAGGAAGAUGAAGCAGCUCUCUAUCAACCGAGAGAUCGUGAUGACGAGGGAGAUGAACGGGACGAAGCAGUUCGGCCCUAAGAGCGACGGAGGACGCACGAUGUUCGGCUCCAGAAGUAAGAGGAAGACGACGGCGGACACGAGUAACCUCCCGCACUUCGACAUCACGAGCAUCGUGGACUCGUGCGUUAAGUCGGUGCUCUGGGCCAGAGAGACGCAGCUGAGCGCGACGUACCCGCAGGGAGCCCCGGAAGAACUCAGACACAGCUACAGCAGCGCAAGCAGCACCUUCGACCACGGAGCCGAUGGACCCAAUGGACCCGAUGGACCCGAUGGACCCGAAGGAGACAUCGCAGACAUCGGCUCCUUCACGGGCUCCGCGAGCGCGAGCAGUAGCUUUUUCGACGGACCCAUGGACCCGUUCGGGCUCCGCCAAGGACUCGGCAGCGCAGCCGAAGGAGAAGCGCAGACACAAGGCGCCUUUGGACACCACGACGCCACGGGGAAAUCGCGUCACAAGAGCCACAGGCACUGCCCGGCCUCGAUGGGCUACAGAAGCAACUUUAGAUUCAUGGGCUCGAAUCAGGGCUUCGACGCAAUGGACCUGAACGCGAUGAACCAGUCGAGCGCCUACAUCUACGAAAGGAGCUACGCAUACUCCUCGAGGAAUAAGCUGGUCUGCUCAGAGGCGAACCUGUCGCUGAAGGUCUCGCUCGAGAACAUAACGAACCAGGUGAUAAGGCUAUUCAGACUCCUGUACCUUAAGCUGCCCUACCACUUCAUCAAGGCCUGCAUAUACAUCUGGGACAGGUCGAACUGCGAACACGCGAACUACAACAUCCCCUACGUGGACCUGAGCGCGUCAAACCUGGAGAACUGCCCGAAGCAGCGGCAGAUAAGCAGGCGCGUACAGACGAAGCACUGCCUGCUUAUGCUCCUCAACAACAUCCCGCAGGUGACCACGACCUCGGUGCUCUCACUCACGCUGGACAUGAUGGAGACGUUCUGCAAGUCAUCAGAGUACAGGCACGCGCCGGGCUACCAGAUCCUGAACACGCACGUGCGCGAGGUCUCAGUGUCGGAGUUCCUGUACACGGUCCUCGUAUCGGAGAUGGCGAAGCGCUCGGACGUGGAGCAGACGUACCUGGAGCUGCAGCGCUGGAUCAACCUCGUGCUCCACUUCCCGAAGCAGCCGAGCGUCUUCCUCUGGCUCUUCUGCUCAGUGGUGCGCUACGAGAAGGCGACGGCCUGCAACUACGCGAAGGUGCUCACGAACAUCGGCCGCCGGCUCUUCAGCGACCUGCUGAUGGUGGUGAUAUACCAGGCGUGCGGUCUCUACGCGCCGAAGGUCUGCAACUGGCUGGCCCACAAGGACUACGACACGCGCCCGCCGGUGCCGCUGGUGGUGCAGCUGAUGAACUCUGCGCACUACUUCGGGAGCUCGUGCUUCACGGAGACGCCCCCGAUCUCGCCAUGCUCGGAGCUCGCGACGCCCCGCUUAUCGCCGCCCUCGAAGGCCGCGAGGUCGCCGGCCGCGGACGCGCUUGAGUCGCGUCUGAGCGUUUUGUCAGAGUGUGUUUCCUUACCGGGUGAUUUAGGCACUAGUGUUAACCUAGGCGUUAUUGAUACGGGUACCGUAAACACGGGCAACCUAGGCGUUGUUGAUUCGGGUAACCUAGGCGCUAGCGGCAAUACGGGUAACGUUAACAGGGGCGCCGCUAACACGGGCACCGCUAAUACAGGUAACGUUAACAGGGGUAACCUGGGCGCUACUGCCAGCAUCAACAGCGCCGACGGGCAAGCCGAUUCAGCGACCACGGAACUCCAGAAAUUCGCAGCCCGUUAUACCGCCGACCGCCAAAACGACCCCCAGGCCACGGGACACCAAAACUCGCAAAGCAACGCCCACAUCGUGACGGACGACGAGUACUCGACGCCGAAUAAGCCCACGACCACCACCACGAACACGAGCAGCCUCGUGACGAGCAGGAGCCAGAGCCUCCUGGGAAGCGAGCUGCUGCGGGGCAUAGAGGGCGUGAUGACGCCGAACCGCGUCGUCUCAGUGAACGCGCUCUCGCUGCUCAUAUAUCUGAACUACGACGUGCUGCAGCUGAACAGGAGGACGCCGAUCACGAACGUCUUCUACCAGACCUUCCACAAGAGCCUCACCUCUUACAUCCUGCCGCUGCUGGUCACGAGGCAGCACCAGCAGCAGAGGUACUUCACGCUCCUGCUCAUCCGCUACUUCCCCUACAAGCUCUACCAGGUGCCGCUGCUCAACAUCAAGAAGAACCUGCUCGAGUUCAUCAACUCCUCCGAGUUCUUCAGGACGGACCAGUUCGGACUGCGCGAGCUCGCGCACGUCUUCAGGCGCAUGGCCACUGAGGACUUCAAGGGCGUCGCGGACACGAUGGCGCGCCUGGACCUGUACACGAACCCGCCGCACCUGAACGUCUUCUCGAACAAGUCCGCGAGCCUGAUCACGCGCGUGCGCUACCUGAAGCGGCUGGCCUUCGUGCUCUACGCCUGCGAGAACGACGUCUUCACGGACAACAUCUCGAACAUCAUCGAGCGCCUCGCGGAGACCACCAGGUCGCUCAAGAACGACACGCUCCGCUCGAAGUGCCUCUUCGUGAUGCGCGUGCUCCUGGUGAAGACGUCCCAGGAGGAGCUCACGGUGCUCUGGCCAGUGCUGCUGUCUGAGCUGAUCAAGGUCUUCAGGACCACGGUCGACCAUGCGGGCAGGGAGGGCCGCGAGUCUGCGGCCGACGGGAGCGGUUUGUCGCCGCGCGACUACGCGCAGGUUCCUGCUAACGCUGGAGGUGCUGCCCACACAGCCUCGCCCCGCGACGGAGACUAUCACGCUAGCAAUAACGCUAACAAUAGCCAAAACGCUCAAGAAAACGCUAGCAAUAGCAAUAACGUUAACACUAGCUCUAGCAAUAACAAUAACGUUAGCCAAAACGAUAACGUUAACACUAGCUCUAGCCAAAACGCUCAAGAAAACGCUAGCCAAAACGAUAACACUAGAAAUAACGCCAACACUAGCUCUAGCAAUAACGCUAACACUAGCUCUAGCCAAAACGAUAACGUUAACACUAGCUCUAGCAAUAACACUAGCUCUAGCAUUAACGAAAACGCUAACAAUAACGAAAACGACACGGGUGCCAGCAGGUGCCUCAUGGCGCACAGCGACCAGAAUGAAGACUCGAUUUGUUUGAACACGCGCUCGCUGAAAAACGACAUGAGCAGGCUGAGUGACAAGUCGACGGGGCGCAUAAGCAAAAACAGCACGAGCAGAACAAGCCUCAAGUCCUCGAGCAGGUUCAGCACUAAGAUGAGCGAAAAGGAGUACAUCAAGAUCAUGGAAAACGAGGAGUGCCCGGCGGAAAACAGAACCGCGCUGCUGAUCGAGGCGAUUAAAAUCGUUGACAUGGCGUGCGCGCUGAAGCUGAACGAGUUCCUAGUCUACCAGUGGAUGUUCAUCAACGACCUGAACCCAAUUAAAAGGCCGAGCGAGAAGAAGAGCGAGUCGAAGGCACGGGGCGACAAGGCGGCUUCGAAGGAAUCCGCAAAGUCCCAAGGAAAGCAGGAGAGCGACGAGGAGGGGGACGACCCGGAACUGGAGCACAUGAACGACUUUAAGCCGUUCCUGGUUCUGGCAGGGCAGGCGUGCUCGGAGCACAUCAAGUGCAGAAUCGACCACGCGCUCUCGCUACCCUACGAGUACACGAAGCCGAUUAAGCUGGUGAGGACGCGGAGCCACCAGUGGGACGAGAAGAACGUGCGCGAGGUCCUCUGCGAAUCAAUAGAGAAGGAGAUGACUGACGUGGUCCCCAAGUACGACCAGAACAAGCCGAUCAUAAUCAACCAAAUAUACAAAACAUCCAAGAGGUUUCAGUAA